AUGAUCCGUGUUGAGUGUUCACACUGCAAAGCUCUGCAUUUCGUUCAAGAACGCAUCGGGGGCAGCUCUGCCGCAAGGCCCAUUUUUUCCACAUGCUGUGGGAAGGGGAAGCUGUCAUUGCCGCUUCUCCCCGAACCGCCAGCUCUUCUGCGCUCUCUUCUCAUCGAUGAUACUCCAAGGGCCCGCAGCUUCCGUAAGAACAUUCGAGCAUACAAUGUAGCGCUAUCCAUGGCAUCCGUGGUCGCCAAAUGGGUGAACAGAGGUCCCGGUCCUUCUAAUUUUAACCCCACAAUGACGAUGCAGGGCGGGAUACAACUGGAAGAGGCACUGAUGACGCAACUGACACACAUGCUGCACGAAUGCAACCCCUACGUGCAGACGUUUCUGUGUAUGCGAGAAUGGGCUCAAUCUCCUCACAACAACUGUCCUGCCACGUACCAGAUGGUCAUCCAUGCCGACCGCAGGCCAAGUCAUGAGCACGUGCGCCGGUACAAUGGUCCCGAAGUUUCUGAAGUCGCCGCAUUGAUCCCUGGAAAUGAAGACGGAGAGAUUGGGCGAAGAGAUAUCGUCGUGCGCAGGAGAGGGACUCUGAACAGUAACGGGAACGAAGUGCUGGAUCCGAUUUCAGUCAGUCAUCGCGCAUACGAUCCAUUGAGUUACGUGCUUUUGUUCCCGAACGGUAGAGAUGGAUGGUAUCCAGAGCUUCGAUUCUCCAGUGUUCAAGACGGCAGACGUACCAAGAUUACUCCGAUGAUGUACUACGGAUGGCAUUUGUUCGAAAGAGCAGGCGACUUCAGCACAAUCUUGCACGCAGCACGACUCUUUCAGCAAUACUUGGUUGACCAGUUCUGCAAAGUGGAGGCAGAAAGGCUUUCUUAUCUCCGCCACAACCAGACACAACUUCGAGCCGCCGACUACACCUCACUGCGCGACAGCCUAGGAGACUCCGGUCGUGCUGAAGAUGAAGCCGAUGCCGUGCGUGCGGGACGACUGUUCAUUCUCCCUUCCACGUACAUUGGAGGUGACCGCUAUAUGAGGCAGCAGAUGCACGACAUCAUUGCUAUAUCGAACCAAAUUGGCCACCCGGACAUCUUCCUCACCAUGACAUGCAAUCCAAGCUGGCCGGAGAUCACAAGAGCCCUACUGCCGAACCAAACGCCUCAGGACAGACCGGAUCUGUGCGCACGUGUGUUUCGUCUGAAAAUGAAAGAUCUCAUGUCCUUGGUCAUCAACGAAGAAGUAUUCGGAACCGUUGUUUCCCAUGUACGAGUCAUCGAGUUUCAGAAACGCGGUCUUCCCCACGCUCACGUUGUAUUUUUCCUAGAUGAAGUCUCCAAGAAUGAUCUGCGUACUCCCGAAAACGUCGACCGCAUUAUCUCUGCCGAGAUCCCGUCUGCCCAAGAUCCAGAACUCCAAGAGGUCGUACUCAAGCAUAUGAUUCACAAUCCAUGUGGAGAACACAAUCCAACAGCCGUGUGCAUGGGCGAGCGGUACUGCAGGAAAGGGUUUCCAAAAUCGUUCAAACACGAAACCAGCCAGUCCGACAGUGAGUACUACAUCACGUACCGAAGAAGGGCACCCUCUGCAGGUGGCCAACCCGUCGUGGUAGACAACUCCUGGGUCGUUCCCUACAGUCCUGUGCUUCUGCGUUCAUUUGCUUGCCAUUUGAAUGUUGAACUCUGCGUGUCACGCGUUGGCGGAAUCAAGUACCUCUUCAAGUAUGUGUGCAAGGGACAAGACCGAGCCGCAUGGAGGUUAUUCUCCUUUGACAUUGUAGACCGCAAUCCUCCAGUAGUCAAGCUUGCAGUGCAUCUGCCCAACCACCACACGGUUUACUUUGAGGAAGGGCAAGAGCAGGAGGCGGCGCUUCGACCAGCAACAGGCACGAAGCUGACCGAGUGGUUUAAAGCCAACGAGAAGUACCCAAGCGCGCGGCAUAUUCGGUACCACAAGUUUCCAAGGUACUUUACGUGGAAGACACACACCAAGUCAUGGACCUGCGAUUUCAGUGGUACAGGUGUCAACGUAGUCGGUCGAAUCUACACUGUCAGUCCGAGGGAGGGUGAGCGCUACUUUCUUCGCCUCCUCCUCACACAAGUGCCAGGUGCAACAUCCUUUGAGAACUUGCGAAAUAUCGACGGCGAGCAGGGCACCAGCUUCCGACAAGCUUGCUUACGACUCGGUUUGCUGGCCGACGAUGCCGAGUGGAAGCACGCAAUCCGAGAUUCAUUCCGGUCAGGCUUCGUUCCUCUUUCUCAUCUGUUUGCUACGAUUCUGGCACACUGCCAGCCUUCGGACCCUCUGUUGCUGUGGAACGACCACCUGGACAUGUUUCUCACCGAUAUUUGCAAUCGUGCACGCGGACAACCUAUUCGAAGACAGCAGCUUCGCGAUGAUCACCACGCCACAUCUUACGUGCUUGGAGAGGUACAGGAGGCCCUGCAGAUCCGCAGCAGUGGGAAGAGCGACUACAGACGUUGUUGCCGCUACUUCCUUCGUACGCGCCGUAAGCAAGUCAUCGCUGUCGCUACGUCUGCUGUUGCUGCUGUGUUGCUCGACGGUGGACGCACCGCUCAUUCCGUGUUCAAGGUUUCCAUUCCUGUAUCUGCCGAAAGCACGUGCAGCUUCUCCGCAAACUCCGACACUGGCCGUACACUGCAACAAGUCGAUCUCAUCAUAUGGGACGAGAUCGUCAUGUGCCAUCGACAUUGCAUUGAGACUGUCGAUCGCUCCCUUCGCGACUUGAUGCAAACCGACCGGCCCUUCGGUGGAAAGUUCCUCGUGCUCGCUGGAGACUUUAGACAAAUCCUUCCCGUCGUUCCGGGCGGGUCCCGAGGUCAAAUCGUGAGCGCGUGCGUCAAGGCUUCCCCGCUGUAUCGAGAGUGCCGAUUCCUGCGCCUUACCGAGAACAUGCGCCUUGCUGCUCUCCGAGCGGACCCUGCAGCAGAUGUGGAGGCUCUCAACUUUCCAGAGUUCCUCCUCAGCGUCGGGGAAGGCAGAAUUAACGGCGAACAGCGCCCGGAAUGGAUCUCACUACCACACGCAGACAAGGUCGAGAACGAAGACACCAACGCGCUAAUCUAUCCCACAGAAAUGCUCAACACCUUGACCGACGGAUCUGCUCUACCACACCACAAGCUCAAGCUCAAGAAGGGCCUCAUCGUCAUGCUUCUGCGCAAUAUCGAUCCCGCUACCGGUCACGUCAACGGCGCGCGAUAUGUCAUCGAGAACAUGACCAACAACCUGCUCUUUCUACGCGUUACCACCGGAUCACACCAAGGCAACAGACUGUGUCUUCUUCGAAUGCCCUGCGGACCAGGAGACGACAACUUUCCCAUCCCUGGCUUCACCCGAACGCAGUUCCCCAUUCGCACGUGCUUCGCCCUUACAACAAACAAAGCGCAAGGCCAAUCCUUCGGUGGCCGCAUUGGUCUCGACUUACGAGAUCACUGCUUCUCGCACGGUCAACUCUACGUCGCACUAUCAAGGACUACUCACCCAGGGAACGUCACUGUCCUCACUCGAGAGUCCAAUGAAACAACGCGAAACAUAGUGUACCCCGAGGUCCUUCAGUAG